GCUUCUUCGAGACUGGGGCAGGAUCUUCCUUCUUAGGAGGCCUGCCCUCGACUUGCUCACUUUCUGAAAGAUAAAUUGCAGUGUGCACAGUGCCUUACAAUUUGCUUUGCCAUUCACCGCUUGCAGCCUUUACAACACUGAGAGUGGCGAUGGUUAUUCUCUUUUUAUACCCAGGGUGACCACUUUGCCACUCGGAGCUGGGGGCAGGGGCGAGUGACGGCUACACUGAUACUCCCAGCGCCCAGAUGCCCGUCCAGCCUCCAAGCAAGGACACAGAGGAGAUGGAAGCAGAGGGCGACUCAGCCGCCGAGAUGAAUGGGGAGGAGGAGGAGAGUGAGGAGGAGCGGAGCGGCAGCCAGACCGAGUCCGAAGAGGAGAGCUCAGAGAUGGACGAGGAGGACUACGAGCGGCGCCGCAGCGAGUGCGUCAGUGAGAUGAUGGACCUGGAGAAGCAGUUCUCGGAGCUGAAGGAGAAGUUGUUCAGGGAAAGACUGAGUCAGCUGCGGGUGCGGCUGGAGGAAGUGGGAGCUGAGAGGGCGCCCGAAUACACGGAGCCCCUGGGGGGGCUGCAGCGGAGCCUCAAGAUUCGCAUUCAGGUGGCAGGGAUUUACAAAGGCUUCUGUCUGGACGUGAUCAGGAACAAGUAUGAGUGUGAACUGCAGGGAGCCAGGCAACACCUGGAGAGUGAGAAGCUGCUGCUCUACGACACGCUGCAGGGCGAGCUGCAGGAGCGGAUCCAGAGGCUGGAGGAGGACCGCCAGAGCCUGGACAUCAGCUCUGAGUGGUGGGAUGACAAACUGCACGCCAGAGGCAGCUCGAAGACAUGGGACUCCCUGCCGCCCAACAAGAGGAAGAAGGCGCCUCUCGUUUCCGGCCCCUACAUCGUGUACAUGCUGCAGGAGAUUGACAUCCUGGAGGACUGGACGGCCAUCAAAAAGGCAAGGGCAGCUGUGUCCCCUCAGAAGAGAAAAUCAGAUGGACCUUGAUUGACCCUGCUCUUCACAGCCAGGGGGGCCCCUUGGAGCAGCUGGCACCAAACCCAAGACUUGAACGUUCCUGCUGCAGAAAGGCAGACCGGCAGGCCCCUCGGGGUCUGCCCAGCCAGCUCUCCAGUGCUGCUCCGGGGUCCUCCGCUCCAGCCAUCACUGAUCUGGGCUCCCCCUCUGCCCUCCCCGGGGCCUGAACAGGGAAGGCCUGGGGCUGCCCGAGGCCAGCCGGACGGUCUGCUCCUUCCCCAGCCAGCCCACCACCACCCCCUCCCAAAGGUCGCCCUCCUUGGAGCCCUCCCUGACGAAGACGUGCCUGUCUUAAGCCAAAGCAACAUCCUUUCUUCUGACCUUGGACCCCAAUCACUGAGCUGGGUCCCACUUUGCAGGAACUCUGAGCCAGAAAUUAUAUUUGGGGGGCCUGCGUGUCCUGGCUGUUGCUGGAGGUGACAAGGCAGGCUCCUCGGGUCUUCCUUCUCAAGGAGGUUCCUGGUAUCUGCCUCCCACAUUUCAGGGACUGGAAUUAAAACCUCUCCUGGGACUCUGGCA